AUGGAAUCAUGGAAGGUGCUGGAACCCUCGACGAUGUCGAAGCGGGGUGUGAACACACUGGAGUGCAUUACUCUCCGCAAGUCCAAGGCGCCUGCCAACAAGUCUCAACUUAAAUUCUCCGUCGGCGAUCCCACGCAUGACGGCAACCUUGUGGCGCCGCCCUCUGCCGUUGACGCUUUGGUGCGGUGUGUGGAGGGCAACAAGUGCAACGGGUAUCCGCAAAUGACGGGGCGGCCAGAUGCACGCGAGGCGGUGGCGCAAUACUGGGGAAAAAACUUUGCGCCUCAACAGUCAGCGCACUGCAAGGGAGAGAAUGUUGUGUUUGGAUGUGGCGUCUCGGAUGUGUUCAUCGUUUCUUUGACGUCAUUGUGUGACGAGGGAGACAACAUCCUCAUCCCGAAGCCGUGCUUCUCCUUCUAUGAUUUCGCGUGUGAACUCUACUCGGUGGAAGCGCGCCACUAUCUUUGCAAUCAUGAGAAGGACUGGGAGAUUGACUUUGACCACCUGCGGAGCCUCGUUGACGGCAGGACGAAGGCGAUUCUGAUGAACAAUCCGUCGAACCCAUGCGGCAGCAACUUUUCACGACAACACAUUGCGGACCUCAUUCGUGUUUGCGAGGAACUUCACCUCCCGUUGAUCGCGGAUGAAAUCUAUGCGGGCCUGGUGUUUUCAGGCGAGACGUUCACCUCCGUGGCGGACUUUGACACGCCGGUGCCGCGCUUCAUUUUGGGAGGUCUUUCAAAAGUUUUUAUGGUUCCCGGAUGGCGCCUUGGGUGGGCUCUUCUCAUGGACACGCACGGCCACGCCGGGGAUGUCAUGCGUGGGAUGCAAAACCUCAGCACCGUGGCGCUGGGCCCAUGUGCAGUGUUACAGGGGGCACUGCCGGAGAUUUUGUCCCAGACGCCGGAGUCGUACUUUAAAAGGAACGCGGAGGAACUGCGUGAGAACGCCGUUGCGCUUGCAAACGCGAUUCAACAAUGCCACGGCCUAUCGUGUGCGGUACCGCAGGGAUCGAUGUUCAUCAUGGUGGGGGUCGACACCAAACUUUUCAAGGACAUCACGAAUGACACGGAGUUCUACGAGAUGCUCGAGGACGAGGAGAAUGUGCAGGUUGUCCCUGGCGAGGACCUUCACAUGCCGGGUUACUUCCGCAUUGUUGUGUCGCGUCCAAAGAAAAUUGUGGAUGAGGUCGCUGCACGCAUUCAUGACUUUUGCGAGCGACACAAAAAAGCGGUUUAA